AAAUGUGUUAAGAAGCACUGUCCAAUUGCAGAGUGGAGUGACAAGUUGGCUCAGAAAAUGAGCCCCGCUGGAGGAGACGCGCAGGAGUUUAAUGAAUCUGACCUGUUAAGAUCCCGCAGGCGAGAACAAUGGCGGCCGGCGGCUGGAUCUGCUUCCUAACUGGACUCCUGUCUCUGGCGUGGGCUGAGGAUCACAACCACCAGGGGGAAGCAGACACCUACCACGUGAGUGCUGGUCACUUGUUUCUGCUGAGUUGCCCGAUUGCUGGCGAGAUAAAGUGGAGCAGAGGGGACGCGGGUGAUGAGAGCCUCCCCUCUGGGGUGGAGGUCAGAGGCGGGUCGCUGUGGUUUCUACCCGUGCAGAUGACUCAUAGUGGAAGCUACAUCUGUGAAAGAAGGAAUCAAACGAAACUAUUAAAAAGACGAUUUAGAGUUUUAGUGUCCGGGUCAAACUGCCCUGAUCCAAGUGAAGAAAUUUUGGCUACAAAGGAAACGAGUGAAAGUCUUCAGUGCAAACAGAACGAGAUCUUCAGACUGAAUCUCCCAAGGAAAAUACGAUGGACGAAGGACUGUCAGCAGGUGCAGCCGGAUGGAGAGUCCGUCUCUCUGAAUACAAACGGCUUAAUGAGGCUGGUGGAGGUUUCGGAGGCAGAUGCAGGGAAAUACACGUGCCACAUAGACGUUACAGUAGACGGCCGGAAUUACACCGCAGCACGCAGCGUCCAGAUGACUGUCAAAAACGGUACUCCAGAUCUCUUUCCAGAGAUUCAUGUUGUGAGGCCCAAAAACGAGGUGGUCAUAGUGGAAGUGGGCAAGAGAGCAGAGCUGCACUGUAAGGCCUACACCGGCUUCAGUGAGGACGAAGAGAUAGACAUGUACUGGAUCAUCAACGGGACAUACGCUGACGACAUCAGCGGGCUUGUCGAGUCCUGGAAAUUUGUCCACGAAAGAGGCAAAGUGUUUGGUCAGUCCACUCUGUCCAUUGCUAUAGUUCGAAACGAGUUCCUGAACAUCCCCAUCAAUUGCCACAUCGCAAGUCCGGCUGAAGAGAAGGUCGGGGAGGCCCGGCUCCAAGAAGCUGACCCAACUGAACACAACACGUUCUACAUGGUUGUGUCUCUCUGGCUCUCUGCCCUCGUUACCAUCCUGAGCCUGACGGCCUUCUUCCUCAUCUGCAAAGUCAACCUCUUCUUAGCAUACAGGGCACUUAAGACAUUGUUUUCUAAACAAGUUCCAGACGGGAAGCUUUACGACGCCUAUGUGAGUGUCGGUCAGUCGGCCAUGCUGAGUUUGGACGGCGUGGCCUGCUUUGCCCUGCGGCUCCUGCCAGAGGAGCUGGAGCAGAAACACGGCUACUCCCUGUUCAUCAGAGGACGGGAUGACCGCCCUGGAGAAGCGGUCCAUGAUGCCAUCUCCGCUGCGGUGCGCCAGUGCCGCCGACUGCUUAUCAUCUUGUCGUCUGCUGGCAAAUCAAAGGAGACAGCGCAGUUCUGGGAGAAUCACAGCCAGCUCACGUACGAGCAGAAAGUGGGCCUUCAUGACGCUUUGAUGCGAAACGAUCCUAAAGUCAUUCUGGUGGAAGUCGACGGUCCGGUCGAUUACAGUCAGCUGCCGGAGUCGCUGCGCUACAUCAAACGGACACAGGGAGCUCUGGAGUGGAAAAACUCGUUUGCUGAAACCAACAAACUGACUCAGAUGUACUUGAAGAGAAACUUUUGGAAGAGCCUGCGCUGUCACAUGCCUGCUGUACCUGCAAGGAGGCUGCAGAGUAUCGCAUAAAGCGGUGAACGUACUUUGAUUUAUCCGGAAGGUUUAAAGAUGGCAUCCAUCAGAAUCUUCAGUUUUCAGAAGUCUGUCUUCUGAAGUCGUCCACAAGCGGGGACUAAGCGUUUGAGUCGCCACGUGGAUUAUUUAUUUCAGAUAACGUAUACUUUUAUAAAGUAAAGGACAUUAUCUGAGCCGAGCUGUGUUACUUUUCUUGUCUUUGGUGUUGUUUUGAAGCAUCUCAGAUUUCUUGAAGGCUCAUUGUGACAACAGAGCGUUGAUUCAGUUCGUAGAGCUGAUCCUCCAUGAAAGCGUUUGCUGUACUUGUUCCCAAACUGGAGGUUUGGACGCCAAUGAAGACCAGAGAUUUGAUUUCUUCUUCACAAAUCAAAGCGAGCAACAAAAAUGAUAAUGGAGCAUUUUUACAACUAACAGCAUGUCAGCUGUUGCACGGAUUUCUUGACAACAUUUUGGUAGUUAAUGUUUUUGUGUUGUUAACUGACUCAUGCUGUCGCAUACGGUGAACUACCAGCUACUGUACAGUUUUUAUACAAAUUUCUGUCACAUCUAAUUGUUUCAGAAGAUGAAAUGCAUUCAUUAAGUUAAUACAUUUUAAAUAAAUUUUAUUUUUUCAAGAAAAGUAGCGGUUUGAACCAAGAGAUUAUACCAAGUUGUCCACAUUACACACAUCUUGCAUAACUUUGAUAAUAAAUCAAACUUGGAUUAA